AGAGGCACGUUGAUAAUAAAGGAACUGUAGUUUUCUUUUUACUACGCAUCCUCCGCUCGGUCACCAUUUUGGGAGUCAAAACAACCAUCAGGCAGCAGCGGCGGCCACCUCCACGUUCCUCCGUGGCCCCUUACUAUGGUUCACACAUGUGUGGCGGCAGGCUGUAAGAACCGGCGGACACCGGGCACCACACUGUCUUUCCGCCGUCUCCCGAGGGACCCAGACCGGAAGCGGCGCUGGAUAGCAGCGGCGAACCGAGCGGGCUGGGUACCGAACGACGGCAGCCGGUCGUGUAGUGGCCGCUUCACGUCAGCAUGGAAAAUCUCAAAAGAAAUCAUCCAAGACAUCAAGGAGAGGACCGUGGACCUCCAGAAGUCUGGUUCAUCCUUCGAUACAAUAUCUAGAUGCCUAAAGGUAAACAAGUGAAGAAUCCACGUUCGCCCCAUUAUGUGCCCUCUGUGUUCACCCCAGUUCCCUUCUUCCCAGACAUGAAGGAGCCAGGCGCCUUGGAGGUCCCCGACAAGCAGGAGGCGCGCGUGGAGGCCGCCAACGCCCUGCUGUUCCUCCAGGGCCAGGGCAGCUCCACCGUGGACGGGCCCAGCCGAGGGGAGCGUCCCGAAAAGGAGGAGCCGGAGGCCGCGGCAGAGAAGAGCGGGUCUUCGUCCUUCAGCACCGACGAAGACGACGGGCGUGACGAGGCCCCCGAGAGAGACCGGAAGAAAGGAAAGUUUGCUCAGAUGCCAGACAUAUCCAUCAACUUCGACGACAUCCUGAAAGCUUUAAAGAAGGAGAACCGGGCUCUGAGGGAGUCCGUGGAGAAAAUGUCUCUCUCCGAGAGCGCGUUCAGGAACGAUGCCGAAAAGGUCCGGUUCUACACCGGCUUGCCCAACUACUUCGUCUUGGAGACUGUCAUGUGGCUGCUGGCGCCGCACAUGGACGGCAUGAAAAACGUCAAGCUGUCCAAGUUCCAGCAGCUUCUGCUCACCCUCAUGCGCCUCCGGCUGGACCUCCGCAACCAGGACCUGGCCUACCGCUUCGGGGUGAAAGCCGGCACGGUGGCCAGAACGGUGCACCGGAUGGUCAACAUCAUGUCCUCCACGCUGGUGCCGACGGCGGUCUUCUGGCCCUCCAGGGCGGAGCUCCGUAAAGAACCUGCCGGCGGCCCUGCGAGCGUCCCACCCAGACUGCGCCGUCAUCGUGGACUGCUUCACCGUCCCCCUGGAGGAGCCCGUCUCGGCGGCGGCGGAGCAGGAAGAGCCGCGCUGCGAGGGCACGGGGCCGGCCUACAGCUCAUUAAAGUAUCUGAUCGGCGUGGCGCCGCAGGGCGUGGUCACCUUCGUGUCGCGGGGCGCGCCCGGGAGCGUCAGCGACAAGAGCCUGGCCGAGGGCUGCGGCUUCCUGUGCAAGCUGCUCCCCGGCGACGUCGUGCUGUCCUGCCGCGACCUGGACAUCGCGGAGUCUGUGGCGGCCCGCGGAGCUCUGCUCAGCAUAACGGGCGCCUGCAGGGCCGGAGGUAGGACGUCAGAGGGCCCGCCGGGGGGGCCCGGCGCCGCAGCCGACACCGUGACUGUGCAGAGGCACGUGGAGAGGGUGAUCGCCAUGGUGAAGCAGAGGUACACUAUGCUGACGGGCCCCGUGGAGAGCCCCUUCAGCACCGCCUGCGAGCGCACAUCCAACCUCUCAACCUUUGAUAAGAUCGUGCAAGUCGCCUGUGCCUUAAACAACCUGUGCAUCUCUGCCGCUCCACUAGAGUGACUUGGACAGGAAACAACCCUCCGUAAUGCUGCUCUCCUUCCUUUCACCCGCUUGGACUUCCUGUCGGGUUUAACCAAGUGUCCCCGCUAGAAAAAUCCCCCCGUAAGUCCCAGUUCAGUCACUCUUACUUAUAAAGGUCAUUCUGCUCUUCACAGCAAC